CAUAAUAAUUGUAAAGGAAAGUGUAACACGUUUUGGUGCAAAGAUUACAAAAUGAGUAAAAUCAGAUGUAUUCGUCCAUUCAAAGACAUUCAGUGUUCGAAAGAGCUGCGAUAUCUCACGGAUGGUAUCAUCCAAAAACUAAAGUCAAUUGGAUUUUCCAAGGUAUCCACACUGAACACCAAGGAUUUUCGUAUUUGUUCGUCUUGCCGUCUACAUAUUGAUUCAAGAGCUCACCUCACCCAAAACGAAGAACAAAGCGUAGCCGGUGGCUCAAGGAUGCCAACUGUUCAGACCAUACCUGUUGUACCUGAUUCGCAAAGCUAUGAAAGUUUGGUCACGAUACCAUCAGCGUCAACGCUAAGCACAAUUCAAUCAAAUGAAGACUUCACGAUGCCUGUAGACGUCGAAAUAUUCAACCGAGGAAUAGCAGCUAUUCGUGUUUCGCCUAUAGAUUUAGGUAAGGUUAAAAAUGUUCACUAUCCUGAAAAAAAGUGCGCUGAAAUCGUCGAAGGUGUACGAAGAAAUCUUUUUAAAUUAGACGCUAAAACAGAAAAAGCAAACGAGUUUAAUGAAGUCAUAGAAAAUAUGAAAAUUAAAUUUUUAAAUUCAGCCACAAGGCAAGAAAAACUAUCAAUUUUAUCAUUGUUACCAAAAUCAUGGUCAGUACAAAAAAUUGUAGACGAAUUUAAAACUAGUAGAAAUAUGGCAUCAGAUGCAAGAAAGGAAAAAAAUAAUGUAUUAGAUUCAUCUCAAGGUUCAAGCUCUGGAAAAGCUUUGAGUAAUGAAACAAAAGAACUGGUUUUGAAUUUUUUUGAGGACGAUGAUAUAAGCCGUGCAAUGCCAGGACAAAGAGAUUUUGUUAGCGUAAAGACAGGAAAUAAGAGAUUAGCUGUUCAGAAAAGAUUGUUAAUGAUGACAUUAAGAGAAGCUUUUAAUCGCUUUAAUGAAGUGUACGUCAAUGUAAAAAUAGGGUUUUCAUCAUUUGCAAGCCUCCGGCCAAGGCAAUGUAAACUAUUGACUAUCACAGGAACACAUAAUGUUUGCGUUUGCACUACGCAUGAAAAUGUCAAUUUAAUUCUACAUAGCUUAAAAAAAUACAAUGUCUUGAAUGAUCUAAAAACAUUAACGAAUAGAUUACUUUGCGAAAAUAAGACAACUCAUUGCCAUCUACGAAGAUGUAAAAACUGCCCAGAUACCUCAGUUUUAGAAGACAGUUUAUUGAAACAACUGGAAGAAAACUUUGUUGAAAAGCUUUCAUUCGAACAAUGGGUUACCACUGACAGAUGUGAUUUAGAAACUAUUGUAAAGCAAACCGAUGACUUUGUUACAUUUUUCAGCUCAAAAUUAGAAAGUUUGAUUCCGCAUGAUUUUGUAAAAACCGAACAAUCCAAUUUUUUGAAAACUACAAAACAAAACUUGCAAGAUGGUGAAUUUUUGGCUAUUUGUGACUUUUCUGAAAAUUACAGCUUCGUUUUGCAGGAUGAAGUUCAAUCACACCAUUGGAACGUGCAACAGGCCACAAUCCAUCCUUUCGUAAUAUAUUAUACUGAAAAUAGGCAAAUUAAACAUUUUAGCUUCAUUAUAAUUUCAGAAGAACUAAGACAUGAUUCAGUCGCUGUUAAUUUGUUUAUUGAUAAAAUGAUGAACUUUUUACAAAUUGAUCAAAAUAAAAACAUGAAAAAAAAUUUAUUUUAUGUCAGAUGGUGCUGCUUCACAGUAUAAAAACCGAAAAAACUUUUCUAGCCUUUGUAAGUUUAAGUCAAAGUAUGGUAUUGACGCUGAAUGGCAUUUCUUCGCAACAUCGCACGGAAAAGGUCCAUGCGAUGCUAUUGGAGGUACGAUAAAACGCAUGGCUACCAGAGCAAGUUUAGCCAAAGAACGCGAACACCCGAUAAAGACUGCAAGAGAGUUGUUUAAUUGGGCAAACAAACGAAAAGAAGAAGAACUUACAAAGUUGUCAUUUUGUUAUUCUACUACAGAAGAAUACGAAAAUAUGUCUUUGCAGCUAAAUAAUCAAUAUAAUAAUGCAAAAACAAUUCAAGGAACUCAAAAAUUCCACUCAUUUCUUCCUCUAUCAGAAAAUACAAUAAAGGCAAAGCUUUAUUCAAACUGCCCUGACAAUGAUGCCAAAAUAUUCGAUAUUGUUAAGCAAGCUUGCUAUUUGAUGAAAACAUUCGCGAAAUGAUGCGAUUUGCUUUCGACAACGAAUACGUUUUCACCCAUCCUCGCUUUAUUCAAUCAACCUACCAUACGAGUAGCACACGAACGGACUCAACACUGCUCAGCAUAGUUGACUCUUCCUUUUCGCCGUUGAGCCGUUGCGUUCUAGCCAAGCAUCUCUUUUCAUCGCUUUCGAUGCUUUUCGACAGCUUAUCGCGAAGCAUCGUUGGCUGUAAGCUUUAUUAGUAUGGUAUCGGUACAUGCGAAUGUUGCUUGUGUGUGCGUGUCGAGCGUUCGUGCCGUAGCUUCGCAAACCAACCUAUUCGGUAUGGUUCGGCUGUUCGGGCGAGCGUGUGACGGCACAGUCAGAUGUGUGCAAAAUCGUUUGUGAUUUACAUCAUGUUCGUUUUGCCACCUCUUUGCUGCUGGUCAUCGCUGAUCAGUGCACAGUUCAAUCGCACGCGAUAUAUAUACAGUUGAUGAGUUGUGAUGAGCACUAAUGAGGUGAUCAUUUGCAUCAUUGUUG